AUGUACUACAACAUUGUGACCAAUUUGGACAAGUGUGGUUUCCAAGCAGGCAAAAGAUGCAUUUUGGACAGAGAGGGAACAGAGGCGGAGGGGGAGACCCCAGGCAAGGGUGUUGCUGGUGGCGAAGGGAAACGCCGACACUUCAGGCAGUUCCGCUACCAGGAGUCAGAGGGCCCCCGAGAGGUUUACAUCCGCCUCUGGGAACUUUGCUGUCAGUGGCUGCAGCCGGAGAGGCACACCAAGGAGCAGAUCCUGGAACUGGUGGUGCUGGAGCAGUUCCUGGCCAUCCUGCCACCGGACAUCCAGAGCUGGGUCCAGGAAGGUCGCCCAGAGAGUUGCUUCCAGGCGGUGGCCCGAGCUGAGGAUUUCCUGACGGGGCAACAGGAGGCCGAGGAAUGGGAGCCGCAGGUGCCGGAUCCAUCCACGGAGGUGGCUGUGGGUUUCUCCAGCAUGGACCAAGCUCUCCUGGACCUGUACAAGGAGGUGAAGCCAGAAGGUCACCAGGAUGCUGGCUGGCUGGGAGGUGAGGCACUGCUGAACAUGGAUGGUGUUGAAAGACCUGAGUGGGAAGAGCUGGAUGUGGAUUUUGGAGAUCCGGGGGAACCAGAGAAGUGGGAACCAAGCCCAGCAGAGGUGUGGAGGAAUUCAGCGAAUGCUGGUAGCCGGGAUGGCCAUCCUGAGAGUGCCCUUUCGCCCCCACAGACAAGGGAGAACACUGUCUUCAGGAAACGCUUUGCCCCUAAACUCGGCCUCAGUAGACGCAAGAGGAUCCACACAGGGCCAAAGCCCCACAAAUGCACCGUGUGUGGGCAGUCCUUCACACGGAGAGCGAAUCUUUUCCGUCAUCAGACGCUCCACACAGGGCAGAGGGCACACCUCUGCACGGAUUGUGGCCGAAGGUUCACACGGCGGGAAAACCUAGUCCGACACCUGAAGACCCACACAGCAGGUGAUGGAUGGGUGAUUGAGAAUGAUGGGGACCCCCUUUGGAUGCCCCUGAAGGCAGAAGGCACCCCCAGAAACCGAGAAAGACAGAAAGGGGGCGGAAGAAGCCAAACAGAGAAUCGGAAACAAAGGUCCGUCACUGGCCAGAAUGGUGGCAUCUUCGAGAUCUCUGUCCCACAAGUGGCACAUGAAGAGACGCAAAAGAAUAUAUGCACCAUUUGUGGGAAAACAUUUAUUCACCUGUCAAGCCUUCAUAGACAUCAGAGAAACCACCAUCCGGAAGUGAAGCCGCUUUCCUGUUCAGAUUGUGGGCGGAAUCUGGGCCCGGUGGCAAACUAUAGAAGACUUGAGACCACACCUGCAGGAGAGAAGGUGUAUAAAUGCUUUAAGUGUGAGAAGAGACAUUCUCUCAAACGUAAUAGCCGCAAGAGAAGUAGUAUGGGGAAGAAGCCACACAAAUGCUUGGAUUGCAAUUACACCUUCAGCUGCCUGUCACACCUUGUCAGACAUCAGAGAAUCCACACGGGAGAGAAGCCCUAUACCUGUUCAGCCUGUGGGAAGAGCUUCCGUCAGACUGCGCACCUUGUCAAACAUGAGAGGACGCACAGCGGACAGAAACAGUAUUUAUUCUGA